CGACGGAAACGCGUGCAGGAGCGACCAGCUGUGUGGGAACGGGAAGCGGUUCCGCUGCCGUGUCAAGUGUCAAAGGUCUGAUCUGAUCCUACCUGGAGCAACUCCUCCGGUUUCACUGCAGGGCACCACACUGCGUCAGCAACAGCUGCCCUGCAGCCCCGCGCUGGCUGCCAGAAGGGGAGAAUUACGUCCUUAGUGUAAGGCUUGACGGAGGACUUGAUUUUUUUUUUUUUUCGAGUUUCUUGGAUUCGGUGGAAUUAUCUGCUUUACCGUGCCAGCUUCCUCUAGGGAAACCCUGGUGAGGCGGUAUCCCUUCGCGAUGCGAAGAUGGCGACCCUGCUCCCUCCCCCAGGCACCAGUGCGUUCCGCCCCUUCACCAAUGAAUCACUGGUGGAGAUCGAGAGGCUCAAGGCGGAAAGAAAAAAGGCCGCAGAAGUAGAGGGCCACGAGGAGGAGGAGCCGUCAGCCCCAAACGCUGACCUGGAGGCGGGGAAGAGCCUGCCCAUGAUCUAUGGAGACCCUCCGCCCGAACUGCUCAACACACCUCUGGAGGACCUGGACCCCUUUUACAAAGCACAGAAAACAUUCAUUGUGAUCAGCAAAGGAAACACAAUCUACAGGUUCAACGCUGAACCAGCUUGCUACAUUCUGAGCCCCUUUAGCUUGGUUAGGAGAGGAGCCAUCAAAAUUCUCAUACAUUCAUUAUUUAGCAUGUUCAUCAUGAUCACUAUUCUGUCGAAUUGUGUAUUCAUGACGAUGAGCAACCCACCAGCGUGGAGUAAAACGGUUGAGUAUGUUUUUACUGGUAUUUAUACCUUUGAGGCAACGGUCAAAGUGUUGUCCAGAGGUUUCUGCGUUGGAUCUUUUACAUUCCUUCGAGAUCCAUGGAAUUGGCUGGAUUUCAUGGUGAUCAGCAUGGCAUACAUCACUGAGUUUGUUGACCUUGGCAAUGUGUCGGCCCUCAGGACAUUUCGUGUACUUCGAGCCCUUAAAACAAUUACUGUGAUUCCUGGACUGAAAACCAUCGUGGGCGCUUUGAUCCAGUCAGUGAAGAAAAUGGUGGACGUCAUGAUUCUGACCGUCUUUGCUCUCGCGGUUUUCGCCCUCGUCGGCCUCCAGCUGUUCAUGGGAAAUCUGCGUCACAAAUGUGUGCGAUGGCCCAUUGACACAAACGAAACGUCGUUUGAAUUUUAUAACACCACAUCAGCAUUCAACGACACUGUGUCCUUCAACAACACCAUGGCGACCAUGGGCGUCAAUAGGACAACAUAUUCCAACAGUACCUUCAAUUUCAUGGAAUAUAUUGAAAACGCAGAGAAUCACUAUUAUUUGGAAGGCAGCCUAGAUGCACUACUUUGUGGAAACAGCUCUGAUGCUGGAAAGUGCCCUGAAGGAUUCACAUGCAUGAAGGCUGGGAGGAAUCCCAACUUUGGCUACACCAGCUUUGACUCUUUUGGCUGGGCCUUCCUGGCCCUCUUCAGACUCAUGACCCAGGACUACUGGGAGAACCUUUUCCAACUGGUCCUGCGGGCGGCUGGUAAGACGUACAUGCUGUUUUUUGUGGUGAUUAUCUUUCUGGGCUCCUUCUACCUCAUCAACCUCAUCCUGGCUGUGGUAGCCAUGGCUUACGAUGAGCAGAAUCAGGCGACUCAGAGAGAGGCCAUAGAGAAAGAGGAGGAGUUCCAGCGUCUACUAGAGCAACUCAAGAAUCAAGAACAGGCUCACAUUCUUGGGAGCCGUGCCACUCUAACCAGUAAGAAGUCGCUCAGUCAUCGCACGUUGUCUGAGUUGGCAGAUGAUGAACAGAGUCUCGAUCGUGAUGAAAUUGUCAAGGAUUGUAAUGGGAGAGUCGUCCCCCAUCUGAUCGUCCGAGCACCCACCAUGAAUGAGUCUGCUGUAGAUUAUGAACGCAGGGAGGCGUCACUUGGCUCUGUGCACAGCAUGCUCCAUGUGGAUGAACCAGGCCUGACGCAGAGAUCUGCUAGUGCUUUGACUGUGCUCACUGCAGCUGCUAUGGAAGAGUUGGAGGAGGCUCAGAGGCCGUGCCCACCCGGCUGGUACAAGUUUGCCGACAUGUUCCUGAAGUGGGACUGCUGCGGGCCCUGGGUGGUUUUUAAAAAGUGGGUGCACUUUGUGGUGAUGGACCCUUUUGUGGACUUGACCAUCACCAUCUGCAUCGUGCUCAACACCCUCUUCAUGGCCAUGGAGCACUACCCCAUGACCCCGGAAUUUGACUACAUGCUCUCAGUGGGGAAUCUGGUUUUCACUGGGAUCUUCGCAGCAGAAAUGUUCUUCAAGCUCAUCGCCAUGGAUCCCUACUACUACUUUCAAGUUGGCUGGAACAUUUUCGACAGCAUCAUCGUCACUCUCAGUCUAGUGGAGUUGGGGCUGGCGAAUGUCCAGGGGCUCUCUGUCCUUAGGUCUUUUCGUCUGCUUCGCGUCUUCAAACUUGCCAAAUCCUGGCCCACGCUCAACAUGCUGAUCAAGAUCAUCGGUAACUCGGUAGGAGCUUUAGGAAACCUGACUUUGGUGCUGGCCAUCAUUGUCUUCAUCUUCGCUGUGGUGGGCAUGCAGCUCUUCGGUAAGAGCUACAAGGACUGCGUGUGCAAGAUCUCCUCAGACUGCGAGCUGCCACGCUGGCACAUGAACGACUUCUUCCACUCGUUCCUCAUCGUGUUCCGGAUCCUGUGCGGGGAGUGGAUCGAGACCAUGUGGGACUGCAUGGAGGUGGCCGGAGCUGGGAUGUGUUUGGUUGUCUUCAUGAUGGUCAUGGUCAUUGGAAAUCUUGUGGUGUUGAACCUCUUCCUGGCUUUGCUGCUCAGCUCGUUCAGUGGAGACAACCUCUCAGCAGGAGACGAUGACGGAGAGAUGAACAACCUCCAGAUUGCCAUCGGCAGGAUCACACGGGGCAUCGACUGGUUCAAAGCGUUCAUCAUUCGAAUGCUCCUGCAGAUUCUUCACAAAAAACCCAAGGAGCCUGAGGACGGUCCGAUGGACGACGAGGACCCUAAAAUGGAGGAAAUUGAAAUGAACCACAUGGAUGCCAGUCAGAAUUUCAAAAUGGCAGAUGGGAUAUCCAAUUGUUUAGUUGAAGGUCGUCCUUCUGGAUUUAUUGUGGAUGGAGAGCUCAGUCUCAAUGUACCAAUCGCCCAGGGAGAGUCAGACUUUGAAAACCUGGAUGAGGAUGAUGAAGAUGAUGAAGAGGAUGCUGAUGAUGCUGAUGAUGAUCAUGCUGAUGAUGCUGAUCAUGCUGAUGAUGCUGAUGAUGCUAGUGACAAAGAGAUUUUAGAUGAAAAAAAUAACCAACAGAACAUACUGAUGGGUGCUUUGAAUGAUGGGGAGUCCUCAGUAUGCAGCACAGCGGACUAUCAGCCACCUGAGCCUGAACCAGAACAAGUGGAGGAAGAAGAGCCAGAGCCAGUGGAGCCAGAGGCCUGCUUCACUGACAGCUGCGUGAGGCGCUGGUCAUGUCUGACUGUGGACAUCACUCAGGGUAAAGGCAAGAAAUGGUGGAACCUCCGCAGGACUUGUUUCACUAUUGUGGAGCAUGACUGGUUUGAAACCUUCAUAAUCUUCAUGAUCCUGCUCAGCAGUGGAGCUCUGGCAUUUGAAGACAUACACAUAGAAAGACGCCGAACCAUCAAAAUUAUUCUGGAGUUUGCUGACAAAGUUUUCACCUACAUCUUUGUCAUCGAGAUGCUCCUUAAAUGGGUGGCAUACGGCUUCAAGACCUACUUCACCAACGCCUGGUGUUGGUUAGACUUUUUCAUCGUAGAUGUUUCCCUGGUUAGUUUAGUUGCCAAUUGGCUGGGCUACUCUGACCUUGGACCAAUCAAAUCCCUCAGAACCCUCAGGGCACUGAGGCCUCUCCGAGCGUUGUCAAGAUUUGAAGGGAUGAGGGUGGUGGUGAACGCUCUCGUGGGGGCGAUUCCCUCCAUCUUCAACGUGCUUCUGGUGUGUCUGAUCUUCUGGCUCAUCUUCAGCAUCAUGGGAGUUAACCUGUUCGCUGGCAAGUUCUACCGCUGCAUCAACACCACCACAGAGGAGCUUUUCCCCAUCUCUGAGGUCAACAACAGGAGCGACUGCGUGGCCAUCCAAGAAGCCACACAGGAGGCUCGCUGGGUCAACGUCAAAGUCAACUAUGACAAUGUUGGAAAGGGCUACCUGUCCCUGCUUCAAGUGGCAACUUUUAAAGGUUGGAUGGACAUCAUGUACGCUGCUGUUGAUUCAAGAGAGGUAGAGGAGCAACCGUCUUAUGAGAUCAACCUCUACAUGUACAUGUACUUUGUCAUCUUCAUCAUCUUUGGCUCUUUCUUCACACUUAACCUCUUCAUUGGUGUCAUUAUUGAUAAUUUCAACCAACAAAAGAGAAAGUUUGGAGAUAAAGACAUAUUUAUGACUGAGGAACAAAAAAAAUACUACGAUGCCAUGAAGAAACUUGGUUCCAAGAAGCCACAGAAGCCGAUUCCACGUCCAACAAACCUAAUCCAGGGCAUGGUGUUUGACUUCAUCAGUCAGCAGUUCUUUGACAUCUUCAUCAUGGUGCUCAUCUGCCUCAAUAUGGUGACCAUGAUGGUGGAGACGGACAAUCAGAGCCCGGAGAAGGAGGAUUUUCUCUUUAAAGUAAACGUGGCUUUCAUUGUCGUCUUCACCGGAGAGUGUGUUUUGAAGCUCUUCGCCCUGCGACAAUACUUCUUCACCAAUGGAUGGAACAUUUUUGAUUUUGUAGUGGUCAUCUUGUCAAUAGCUGGUACAAUGCUCUCAGACCUAAUUGAGAAGUACUUUGUGUCACCAACUCUGUUCAGAGUGAUCAGACUGGCCAGAAUAGGCAGGAUUCUGCGUCUUAUUAAAGGAGCUAAGGGCAUUCGGACGCUUCUCUUUGCGCUAAUGAUGUCACUUCCUGCCCUAUUCAAUAUUGGCCUCCUGCUCUUCCUCAUUAUGUUCAUCUUCUCCAUUUUUGGCAUGUCAAACUUUGCCUAUGUCAAAAAGGAGGCUGGAAUCGAUGACAUAUUUAACUUUGAGACAUUUGGCGGCAGCAUUAUCUGCUUGUUUGAGAUCACGACGUCGGCAGGCUGGGAUGGGCUUUUACUUCCAAUGCUGAACAGGGAGCCUCCGGACUGUGAUCCUGACUUUGAGAACCCCGGCACGGAUGUAAAGGGUAACUGUGGCAGCCCGGGUAUGGGCAUGAUGUUCUUCUGCAGCUACAUCAUCAUCUCAUUCUUAGUGGUGGUCAACAUGUACAUCGCCAUCAUCUUAGAGAACUUCAAUGUGGCGCAGGAGGAGAGUGGCGAUGCGCUCUGUGAGGAAGACUUUGAGAUGUUCAAUGAGACUUGGGAGAAGUUUGACUUGGAUGGAACUCAGUUCAUUGAGUACAGCCAGCUCUCAGAUUUUUGUGAUGCCUUGCAGGAGCCGCUGAGGGUGGCCAAGCCCAACCGGCUCCGUCUGAUUGAAAUGGAUCUGCCCCUGGUCAUCGGGGACAGGAUCCACUGCGUGGAUGUCUUGAUGGCCGUCACACAGAUGGUCUUGGGAGACACAGUGGAGAUGGCAGCAAUGCGGGAGAGCAUUGAGGCUAAGUUCAUUCUGAACAAUCCCACCAAUGAAUCUUUUGCGCCGAUUACCACAACAGUACGCCACAGAGAAGAGCAGAGGGCUGCUGUAGUCAUUCAGAGGGCUUACCGCGACCACCUACUGAAGCGCUGCAUACGCCACGCCUCUUUCAUGCACCGCUCUAAGCGGAUUGGUAGAAACGAUGAAGGUGAAGAGCCACCAGAAAAAGAGGGGCUGCUUGCACGAAGGCUGGGAGUGCUCUAUGGGAGCAAUGUGGACCUGGCAGAGGAGAUGGAGAAGGCUGCUUUAGAAACUCUAGCAAGCCAAGUGCCUAAUUAUCCCGAGACAUUGUCACAUUACCCAGGGGCCCAGUGUGGUCCAGAACCCCCUGAGCCAAACAUCAUGGUUGUACCCGUAGAAAUUACUAAUGAGGUUUUAUUACGUUCUGCCCCCAACCAACACAUCUUGACCCUACAGGCAAACCUGAGAGAGUCAAUUGUAUAACAAACAGCAUCCCACUGUUUUUUUUUGUUUUUGUUUUGUUUUUUACCAGUCAAGGGAGUAGUGUUCGUCAAGUAUAACUGACGAUGCAGAAUUUUCCACAUUAAAUGAAGAGGUUUCACAGUGCAAAUGAAUAUUUGUUUCAAUUCCUGUUUCUUCAUGUGACAUUUAAGUGUCUUUUUGAAAGUUGAACUGGAGUGCAUGGUUUCCUUUUAGAAUAACCAUAAAGACAAAUAUAAACUCUCUUAAUGCUGAAUGAAAAGGAUAGAUAAAUUACUUAAAGUCACCACCACUUUGUAAAAUACAAAGAAUUUGUCUUUAACAGUUCAGAAACGGUACCCUCUUGUCUGUGCCUGUAAUGCUUUUGCUGUAAAGUUGUGGAAAUCUAAGAGCACAGUUAGAUAUAAUUUCUCAGUGCAACGAUAACAGUUAAAAGUGGCAGUAAAUCCUCUUCCUCUGAUAUGACGUGAAUGCAGCACCAUUGCAGAUUUAAUUAGCAUGCACACAACACUACUUAAUCAUGAGAGCCACACUGACAUUGUACCAUUUCAUGGCUAAAAUAGUGUAUCACCUCAUUUAUUUUCAUUGUUGAAAAAAUAAACAGAACAAAUUCCUAUUCCUGCUUACUUCAAGUCACUUUUAUGUGGAAUCUCAACCAUGUGAGGGCUCUACGUGCUAAUUCUUUCAAUUACACACUAAGUGAUUUUCUAUGGUGGAAUUAGUUUUGUACAUAUGUAAAUUAUUAACGAAAAAAUAAAGCUUAUCUGCAUCAGAUUUGUCCCAGUCUACCAAUGAAACCCCGAUCUCUGUUAGUCAUUAUUAGUUAACAAUAACAUGGGCCAGCUAAUGCAGUGAACAUCUGUCCCUGACUGCCUCGUUCAGAAGGCCCAGUUUAUAUUGCACUAUUUUUAUCCCUUCCAUGUCAAGUUAGAGCAGUUACUGCUCUAACUUGACUGUACGCAGUCACUGAUAUAUGCAUGUCUUAUAAAUGUUUUGUCUGUUUUUUUUUUUUUUUUUCCCGUCAGAUAUUCAGUGAUAUCCAAAACUCAGAUCAGUCAAAAUUGUUUCCAUUUCAGCAUUCAGGUUUAAACACCAGCUGUGACUCCGAACUGAAGAUGAUGUGAUGUUUACAUUAACACCUUUGCAUGACAGAACUGCUAAGCUCCCUCUUCAUUUCAACUGUUUUCUGUAUUUGUCUAUUAAGUAAGAAUAACUCUAGCCAUAACAUAAGGACUUUGGUACUUGCUGUACGUUUUAAAUGAAGUUUUGCCUCAGGUUGGAUCAAGUGCAGAUCUUGCCUUGAAACAUAGAAUUGGGGUAGUUGAAUACAUGGCUCUGUAGUUAAUAAAAAGUACCCCAGUUUUCAAUGUGUAGACAGUAACACCUAUUUACAUAUUUUCAUUUGUUGAGAAUCUUUAUGCAAAAGGGAUCUAUUCAUCUCAAGUCUGUCCUCACACAGAGAGGCUGCUUUACCUGCUGUUGUGUAAGUCUUAAUUUAAAAUGUCUUACUCUGAAAAUAUAUACAUGAAUAACAUAAGCACUUUUACAGUUUUCUAGUUUGUUUUGUACAAUAGACUCUAGAAGAUUGUCUCUUCUCUUGUUCAUGUGUUCAGCACUGUUUUAACAUCAGCCCUGGAGGAAAAACAAAAACCAGGAAUGUUUUCCUCUGUGAGGGGUCUCUUUGUCUUAUCCUGCUGCCGCAGCAUGGCAGUUAUUCCUGUCAGAAGUCUGUAAUGUGACCUGCAGCAAUCCUAUUUUACAUUGACACACUGCUGCACCACUUAGCUGUAGACUCCCCUGAUGGUACAAUCGUAUUCAUAAGACAGUGUCCUCCUUUUGUUUACAUUUCUAAUGGAGGAAAAACCAUAUCAGGGGCUUUACUGGUACACCCACAGUCAGUGUUGCCUGUAUAUAGAUUUUUUUCUUUUUUUCCUUCUGUAUUGUAUAUUUAUAUCAUUUUGUUAUUGUAAAAAAAUUGUAACUAUAUUGUUAGAAUAAAGUACUUGU